AUGUACGGAAAAAAUAAAACUCUCAAUGCUCCAUCGGAUAUUCAUGCGAAAGAAAAAUUAAAUCUCUAUGUUUAUGAAUAUUUGUAUCAUAUUGGUGCAGCAAAAGCUGCUCAGGGAUUUUGUGCGGAUAUGAAAUGGGUACCAAAUAAAAUGUCACUUGGUGAACCACCCGGACUUUUACUUAGUUGGUGGUCUGUUUUUUAGGAUUUAUGAAGUGCUGCACCAGAACGUCGAGAUCAACAUCCACAUUCAGAAGAAG